AUGGGUGCUGGAGGCAUGGGCUCAGGCAUGGGUUUUGGCAUGGAUGGGGGCGCGCGGGGAGGGGGAGGCGGAGGGGGGUGGGGAAUGGGCGGCAUGGGGGGAAUGUCAGGCAUGGGGAACAUGGGCAUGGGCGGGAACAUGGGCGGAGGCAUGGGGAUGGGAAUGGGCGGAGCGGGCGGAAUGGGGAUGAACAUGGGAUAUGGCCCCGGUCCAGGGGGAAUGGACGGGCCUGGCGGAUGGGCAGGCGGAGGCGGAGGAAGAGGGGGAAUGCCAGGCGGCAUGGGGGGAGGGGGAGCGGGAGGCGGAGGGGGAGGUGGGGGCGGCAUAGGGGCCGGUGCAGGGGCAGGCGCAGGGGCAGGUUCGGGGGGGGGCGGAGGAGGCGCUGGGAUGGGCGGAGGCGGGCCAGAAACGGGUGGUAUACCACCAAGAGCGUCCCAGUCAGGCCCAGCGAACGGCCCUGGUCGGGGGGGCAUAUUCUACCGCACGAAAAUGUGUGUCAAGUUCCGCAACGGCGUGUGUCCGUACGUGAGCAACUGCAACUUCGCCCACACGCAGGAGGAGCUGCGAAGGCCCGUGCCCAGCUGGGGAGGGGAUGAUAUGGCGGGGCGCAAGGGCGCGGGGGAUGGCAGGGGGCCGGCACGAGGAGGUGACGGAGGAGGGGGAGGAGGGGGUGGUGGAACUAGUGGUGCGGAUGGGAGUGCGGAUGGGGUGAGAAGAGAUGGCCGACCACCAGAGCAGCAGCAGCAGCAGCAGCAGCAGGCACCACAAGCAUCCGAGGCACAAGGGCCCGCCAGCAAGGCAACGCCUGGUGCUGCUGGCGAAGGUGCUGGUGGGGCUGGUGGCAUUGCCAAGGGAGGGGCGCCAGGGGAAGGAGCAGGGGGAGGAACCGGGCCUGCAGGGGCGGACGCUCCUUCUGCAUCAGCUGCUCCUGCUGACGGUGCUGGUGGCAGUGCUGGUGGAGGGGGGGGAGUGGGUGGAGGAGGGGGAGGCGGAGGAGGGAGUGUGGGCAUGGGGGCGACGGGCAAGCCACCGAAUUGGCGCACGCGCAUGUGCCACCGGUGGGAGAUGACUGGCAACUGCCCCUUCGGUGACAAGUGCCACUUCGCCCACGGGGUUCAUGAGCUGCAGAGGUACGGGGGCGGCCCCAUAGACCCAUCCAUGCUGCCGCCGCCCUAUGCCGACCAGUUCCACCGCAUGGGACCCGGCAUGCCCCCCAUGGGCGCCAUGGGGGGGGCAAUGGGCGCAAUGGGGGGAGGCCUUGGGGGAAACGUUCCCCCUGACUUCCCCCCCUAUGGGCCCGGCGGUGGACCUGGUGGUGGUGGGCCUGGUUUCCCCGGUGCUGCAGGGAUGGGUGCGGGUGGGAUGGGAGCGGGGCCUUUUCUCCGGCCUCCCCCUAUGGGGUUUGGUCCUGGGGGUGGGGCGAUGGGGAGAGGAGGGCCCAUGCCUGGCCAAGGUAUGGGCUCGUUUGCUGAUGGCAGGCAUGGGAUGGGUGGCGGUUUGGGUGGUGGUAGAGGGAGGGGGAGAGCGGAGGGUGGGAGAGGGUUGAGUGGUGGGGGGAGGAUGGAGAAGGAUGGGGUGAAUUUGUUGUAUGGGGACUGGGUUGAAGAGGAUGAGUGGGCAGGGAAGGAAGGGGAUGAGGAAGAGGGAGCAGAGGGAGAAUUUGAUGGUGGGAGGCUGUUGGAAGAUGGGUGUGAUGAGUUACCAGGCCUGUCGAAGUUCCUGGGGCCUAUACUUGCGCUCCCCAGCUCCUCCCCAUCUGACCCUGUUUUGGGUGUAGCUGAGCGUUUGGGCGCCCUUAACGGUCACGGGCACACCCCAAAGUGA